AUGUUUCUCAGUUUUAGUUGGUUCUGCUGUGUGGCACUGGCUGGGCUGCCUUUGGCAUGGGCUUCGUGUAUUUCUCAGUGCAGCUGUUUCUAUCAUAAUCUCAGUGAUGGAUCUAAAGCUAGGAGUGUUCUGUGCAACGAUCCAGAAAUAUCAUCAGUUCCGGCAAACUUCCCAGCAGACACUUCCAAACUGCGCAUCGAGAAGACAGCGAUAAGGAGGAUCCCAAGCGAAGCCUUCCAUUACCUGUCCAAUUUGGAGUUUCUCUGGAUGUCAUUUAAUUCCUUGUCUACUAUCAAUGUGGAUAGCUUUCGCGGGCUUUACAGCUUAGAUGAGCUGAGGCUGGAUGGCAACGAACUCACUUCCUUUCCAUGGGAAUCUCUUAUUGAUAUGCCAAAUUUGAGACUGCUCGACUUGCACAACAAUCAGCUGACUGCGGUGCCGGCGGAAGCAACGGUGCAUAUGAAGAACAUCACCUAUUUGGACUUAUCAAGCAAUAAUCUGGUGACUGUGCCCUCGGAGGUCCUCGCCGCUUGGCUCAGCGUGAAACCCAGUCAAGGAGCCUACAGCGAAAGCUCAAAGAUGAUUCUAGGUUUACAUGAUAAUCCCUGGUACUGUGACUGCAGAUUGUAUGACCUUGUGCAUUUCCUGAAGUCUCCAUCAUCCUCACUAGCAUUUAUUGACGGCAGAUUAAGAUGUUCUGACCCAGAAAGUCUAUCUGGAGUUCUUUUUAAUGAAGUUGAACUAAGAAAGUGUCAGAUCCCCACAGUGCAUACGGCAGUAGCAAGGGUCCGCAGUGCCGUGGGUAACAAUGUGAUGCUACGUUGUGGCACCAUUGGUGUUCCAAUCCCAGACCUCACCUGGAAAAGAGUUGAUGGAAGACUACUCAAUGGGACAGUACAACAGGAAAUCUCAAAAGAAGGAAUAAUUUGGUCGAUAUUAAAUGUGCCUGUGGUAUCUUACCGGGAUUCCGGCAAAUACAUCUGCAGAGCGACAAACUUCAUAGGCAGUGCUGAUGCUAUCAUUUCUCUUGUAAUAACAGACUUCAUAAAGCCUGAAAAUCAGACUAGUAUGUCUCCAAAAAGAACCCGGAGUAGGCGACCAAAUGGAGUAGUAAAAGCUGCAUAUCAAGAAAAACUUGUUGCUCGAUAUGUUGUUCCAAUGACAACAACAGUGACGCCAAACAUCCAGAUAAAUGGCUAUAGUGACAAGUACCCCGACCUUGAAAAUUAUAGCCUAGCAAAUGGGCAAAUCCCAAACCCAGACAGAAGUAAUGGCCAACCUGAUGGAGACAAAACCAGUCUCAGCAACCUUGCUUCCAACACCUCAUCACUCCAACAGGAGCCAGAACGUGUGGUAAGGUCUGUAAAAGUGAUUGGGGACACUGAUCACACAGUUUCUUUGACAUGGAGAGCUCCUCAAGCAAAAAAUACCACUAUGUUCAGUGUGCUCUAUGCAGUGUUUGGAGAGAGAGAAAUGCGCAGAAUUAAUGUUGAUCCAGGAAAGAACAGGAUAACCAUUGAUGGACUCAUGCCAAAGACAAAGUACAUUGCCUGUGUGUGCGUCAAAGGGCUGAUCCCCAAAAAAGAGCAGUGUGUAAUCUUCUCAACAGAUGAAGCUGCCAGUGCUAAUGGAACUCAAAAGCUCAUUAAUGUUGUUGUAAUCACUGUUGCCUGUGUAAUAGCUGUCCCCCUGACACUGAUUGUCUGCUGUGGGGCCUUGAAAAGGAGAUGCAAAAAGUUGUUUAGGAGAAAGGCAAAAGAUAUUCAAGACUCAUAUGUGACAUUUGAGACUUUGUCUCCAGGGCCUAAAGCAAAAGGUCUCGAGGGAGAAUAUCUGACACGGUCCAACCCCGAGGAGUCUAAUCGGCUUUUGUCAGCCAGGUCUAGCUUGGAUUCUGAAGCCACGGCUAAGAUUGAAGGGCAACCCAAUGAGUACUUCUGUUGACAUCUGUCAUC